AUGUCGCGGUCUCUCACAGUCACAUACCUUGUUGGGCCCAGGUCUGGCAGCCUAGGGCUCGCAGCAUUCGCCCUAGGCAGCGCCUUGAUUUUGUAUCGGAUGGCUAAGAUUCGAGCCACCGUGCCCGAACCGUGGGAUCCCGAGACCACGGACCCUCCUCUCCUCCGGAGCCAUUCUGAGAUUAAGACCUACAAAGACAAUGGUUCCGGCAUCACUUUCUCGGGCAUCCGCGUCUUUUACCGGCGCCACCCAAAAGCAGAUGAGCUUCCAAAGGACCCGGCCCCGCUACCGCUCCUAGUCUUCAUCCACGGCCUUGGGGGCUCGGUCGCGCAAUUCCAUCCACUUUUGACUAGCCUUUCUAAUUCUGCAUCAUGUCUGGCAAUUGACCUUCCCGGCUGCGGCCGGUCUAAAUACGAACAGACGUCGUGGGAUGCUUACAGUACUGAAAAUUUGACUAGUCUCACCGAGACUAUCAUAAAGGACUACGUUGAAGAUGGACAAGGGGUCGUGCUCAUCGCUCACAGCAUGGGAACUGCGAUUGCUGCUGAUAUCGGAAACAUGAAAUCCACACACCGUUUACACCCACCCUUGAAUGUCAUGGGUAUUAUUGCCAUUUGCCCUUUGUCUGGUCCAACCCCAGAACCGGCAGUGCGCGCCUUUCGGAGACUCCUUUGGAUACCUGAAUUUAUCUUCAACCUUUGGAGAGCCUGGGACAGGCGGGGAGGACCUGAAAGCGCUAGCGUCAAGCGGUUUGUUGGGCCUCAGGGCGAUCUUGAAUCUCGCCAACUUCAGAACAGGUUUAACAGCCAAAGCCGAACCCCCGUCUUUCGUCGAAUGGCCUGGGGUUUGCUGCCUGUGUACAUCGAUGGGAAGCCUACUGGGGGGCUCUUUGGUAGGACUAGCUGGGCUGAUCUUGAAGUACCGGUCUUCCUAGUUGGUGGCGAAAAUGACACUGUUACCCCGCCGCAAGAGGUUGGGAAGAUUGAAGAGAUGCUGAAAGUCGCCGCGGCGAGUCUCGAGUCGUUUGAGGAUAAGCGUCAUGCUACCAUUACUAACCAGGCCUCCAUCUCUGAUGCAAGUGCAAUUGGCGAUGCAGCUGCUCCCGUGAACCCAAGCACGGCGCCUCGGGAUCACAUGCCGCAAUCUAUAGAAGAGAUCAGUCAAGAAGAUUUCGAGCGUAGCAAGGCUCUCUUGACAAGUGGUGAGGAUCCUAUGGAAGAUCCCACAACCCCGAGAGAUCAUCUGGAUCCCGGCUCUUUGAGUGAUAUCCCCCCGCAGCCGAUCCAUCCCAAGAAAGUAGUCAAAACAGCUUUUCUUCCUGCUGGACACGCGUUACUGUAUAUGCCAGCAACGGUAAGGAUUCUAGCUGGACUUGUAAGCGACUUUAUGAACGAUCAUAUUACUACCCGCUUCUCCCUUGGCUGGCAACUACAGUAUCUUUCCCGGGAGGGGAAAUGGGAUGUUAAGAACUUGGCAAAAUGGAAAAGUGUACAACCUGUCUCAGAGCCUAUCGGUGGUAUUUUCAGAGCCCUCAAGACCCUCCGAGAAGUUGAUGAGGAGCAUUGCCCGAAGGUAUUUGCGGCUAAGUGGGGAAAUGAAAUCAAGGAUAUCAUUGACAUCAGUCAUGCUGAUCCUGUAUACGACCCUAAAAGCUUCGGCGAUAGCAUCAAGUAUCACAAGUUCCCAACAGUGUCUAAGAUACCCCCCACAGACGCCGAAGUAGCAGGCUUCAUCAACCUCGUCGAUAAGGUCCGUGAGGAUCAGAAACAGAGGUCCUCCUCCGAACCGAACUGGAGCGAAGACUACGUCGUCGGUGUCCACUGCCAUUACGGGUUCAACCGCACUGGAUACUUCGUCGUGUGCUAUCUAAUCGAGAGGUGCGGCUACGGCGUCCAGAAGGCCAUCGAGACUUUUGCCGAGGCCCGACCAAACGGGAUCCGACACUCCCACUUCCUGGACCGCCUUUUCGUUCGAUAUUCGGACUUCAAGGAGGAGCGCGGCUGA